AUGAUACAAGAUCAGCACAAAGACCCCAGCAACUCCACUGUGGAGGUGGAUCGAGCCGGUCUCAAAUCAGAGCCAACGGCACCAGAUCAAUUCGACGAGAGAUACCGCACUACCCGGAUGGAAAUCUGGGCCUACUAUGCUUAUUACAUUGGAAACAAUGGCCUGUCACUGUUCAAUUUUGCACCAACUGCUUUUCAGAAUUUGCUAUACCAAGCAGCACCAGAGAAUGGGCUGCUUGACUUUAUAGGCCACCCGCGGACUGUCAACAGUAUUGUGCUCCUCUCAAAUGGAAUAUCUUUCGCCAUCCAGGUCGUAGUUUUUCUGGUCAUUGGCAGUUUCGCCGAUUUCGGGUACUGGAGACCCAACAUCUUGAUUGCAUUAUCGAUCAUCGCCUAUGCUAUUGGAUUCGGGUGGCUGGGUGUUCACACCUCAGAGAAAUGGCAUGUCGCUGUGGGUUUGUACAUGGUGGGUCUGAUUGCCUACCAGACAACCCUCACUUUCUGGACUGCGGCUUUCCCGAGUCUGGCCCGCAAUACCGCUGAAUUGAAGGAAAAGGCUGACGCCUAUGUUGCGGGUACGAUUUCUCGAGAAGAGUACGACUAUGCAGACACCAUGAUGCGUAGCAAAUUGGCCAACGUCGCUUUUUACGUGCAGUCCGUCGCCGAAAUCUUCAUUCUGGCCAUCAUUGUGGGUAUCAUGUUUGGAUUGAAAGUCAACGACAGCGAAAGCAACAACAACUGGGGACUGAGUGUAUUGAUUGCCUUCGUUUCUGGGGUGUGGCUGCUCGUCUCAAUCCCAUGGUUCAUGCUCGAGAAAAGACGUCCUGGUCAAGACCCUGGCAAGCGAUCUAUUUUGGUUGCUGGUAUCUGGCAAUUAUGGCAUGCUUUGAAGCAAAUCUGGCAUUUGAAGCAAAGUCUGGUUUACCUGAUUGGCUAUUUCCUUUUGGGUGACUCUCUCAACACCACGGUCACGGUUAUUGCAACCUUGCAGAACAGUAUCGUAGCUUAUAACACGCUUGAGUUGACAUACCUUUUGAUCGUUGGAAUUGCCGCACAGGCGGUUGGUAUUUAUGCAUUCUGGAACAUCCAACAACGGUUCAAACUUGGGACUAAAACCAUGUUCAAUACAAUUGCCGUGGGAAUCAUUUUACUGGAUGGUUGGGGUAUGAUAGGCAUUUGGACCAACAAAUUUGGCUUCCACAAUGCAUGGGAGGUUUGGGUCUACCAAGCUUUCUACGGAUUCUUCAUUUGCCCCUGGUACAGCUAUUCUCAAAUCAUGAUCUCGGAAGUCACUCCACGCGGUCACGAAUUCCUUUUCUUCAGUCUGUUCAGCAUCAUCGGCAAAACUUCCUCAUUCAUUGGACCUAUCGUGUCAAGUGCUAUCAUCGAUGCUAGCCCCUCAGGCAAUGCAUCAACUCCAUUUUACUUUCUAUUUGGAUUGAGCAUUGUGAGCUUCCUGAUUCUCUUCCUAGGUGUGGAUCUGAAAAAGAGUCAGGAGGAACAGGAAAAAUUCUUGUUGAAUAAGUUGCAGAAGAUGAACGCAAGUGAGUCGUUGUCCUCUCAUGAGACGAUCUCAACGCCGGUAUAA